AUGGGGCGCUGCGCUGCCGUCCACGCCUGCAACUUCAGGGGCCGGGCCCCGCAGGCCACUUGCCGGCUGGCCAGACGCAGGGCGCUCGGGGCGGCAUGGAGCCUACGGAGGCAGCAUCUGAUGGACGCCAGGCCCGGAGCCCGGUCUUACACUGGAUCUCUGUGGCAGGAGGGGGCCGGCUGGACCCCUCUGCCCGCACCUGGCCUGGACUUGCAGGCUAUUGAGCUAGCCGCUGAGAGCAACCAUUACUGUCAUGCCCAGAAGGGUCCUGGCAGUCACUUUGACUCCAAGAAGGAGCAGGCCCGGCGACAGCUUUAUGUGGCCUCUGCCAUCUGCCUGGUGUUCAUGAUUGGGGAAGUCAUUGGUGGGUAUCUAGCACAUAGCUUGGCAGUCAUGACCGACGCAGCCCACUUGCUCACUGACUUUGCCAGCAUGCUCGUCAGCCUCUUUUCUCUCUGGAUGUCUUCCCGACCGGCCACCAAGACCAUGAACUUCGGCUGGCAGCGAGCUGAGAUCCUGGGAGCCCUGCUGUCUGUACUAUCCAUCUGGGUCGUGACUGGAGUGCUGGUGUUCCUGGCAGUGGAGCGACUGAUCUCUGGGGACUAUGAGGUCAAGGGGGGCACCAUGCUGAUCACAUCAGGUUGUGCUGUGGCUGUGAAUAUCAUAAUGGGGCUGACUCUUCACCAGUCUGGCCACGGGCACAGCCACGACACCAGCCAGCAACAGGAGAACCCCAGUGUCCGAGCUGCCUUUAUCCAUGUGGUUGGAGAUUUUCUGCAGAGCUUAGGCAUCUUGGUGGCAGCCUAUAUUUUAUACUUCAAGCCAGAGUACAAGUAUGUAGACCCCAUCUGCACCUUCCUCUUCUCCAUCCUGGUCUUGGGGACGACCUUGACCAUCCUGAGAGAUGUGAUCCUGGUGCUGAUGGAAGGGACCCCCAAGGGUGUGGACUUCACAGCUGUACGGGAUCUGCUGCUGUCCGUGGAAGGGGUGGAAGCCUUGCACAGCCUGCAUAUUUGGGCACUGACCGUGUCCCAGCCCGUGCUGUCUGUCCACAUCGCCAUCGCUCAGAAUGCAGACGCCCAGGUCGUGCUGAAGGCAGCCAGCACCUGCCUGCAGGGAAAGUUCCACUUCCACACUAUGACCAUCCAGAUUGAAGACUACUCUGAGGACAUGAAGGACUGUCAGGCGUGCCAAGGCCCCUCGGACUGA